GAGCUCAGCAAUGUUCCUGUCCCUGUCAUGUUAAUGCCUGAUGACUUCAAAGCCUACAGUAAGAUUAAGGUGGACAAUCAUCUAUUCAACAAGGAGAACUUGCCCAGUCGUUUUAAAUUCAAGGAGUAUUGUCCACUGGUGUUCCGAAACCUGCGGGAGAGGUUUGGGAUCGAUGAUCAGGACUACCAGAACUCGGUGACACGAAGUGCCCCAGUGAACAGCGACAGCCAGGGCCGGUGCGGGGCCCGCUUCCUCACCACCUACGACAGGAGGUUUGUCAUUAAAGCAGUGUCCAGUGAGGAUGUAGCAGAGAUGCACAACAUCUUAAAGAAGUACCAUCAGUUCAUCGUGGAGUGCCACGGGAACACCCUGCUGCCCCAGUUCCUGGGCAUGUACAGACUCACUGUGGAUGGUGUGGAGACCUACAUGGUGGUCACCAGGAACGUCUUCAGUCACAGGCUGACCGUCCACCGCAAGUACGACCUGAAGGGCUCAACAGUAUCCAGGGAAGCAAGCGAUAAGGAGAAGGCCAAGGAUCUACCAACAUUCAAGGACAACGACUUCUUGAAUGAGGGUCAGAAGCUGCACGUUGGAGAAGAGAGUAAAAAGAACUUCCUGGAGAAGCUGAAGCGGGACGUGGAGUUUUUAGCUCAGCUGAAAAUCAUGGACUACAGCUUGCUGGUCGGAAUCCACGAUGUUGACCGAGCAGAGCAGGAGGAGAUGGAAGUGGAGGAUCGGGCAGAGGAUGAGGAGUGUGAGAACGACGGGCUGGGAGGGAACCCCAUCUCCUCCUACGGGACCCCCCCCGACAGCCCGGGGAACCUCCUCAGCUACCCGCGCUUCUUCGGGCCCGGCGAGUUCGACCCCUCCGUCGACGUCUACGCCAUGAAGAGCCACGAAAGUGCCCCCAAGAAGGAAGUGUACUUCAUGGCCAUUAUAGACAUUCUUACGCCAUAUGAUGCGAAGAAGAAAGCUGCACAUGCUGCCAAAACAGUGAAACAUGGGGCUGGGGCAGAGAUCUCCACCGUGAACCCCGAGCAGUACUCGAAACGCUUCAAUGAAUUUAUCUCCAACAUCCUGACAUAG